GGAGCUGGAGAUUGCUGUGUACAGGAAGGACUGGCGGGCGCUGAGCGGGGUGAAGUUCCUGCGGCUGGAGGACUUCCUGGAUAAUCAGAGGCAUGGCAUGUGUCUGCAGCUGGAGCCCCAGGGCCUGCUCUUUAUUGAGGUGACGUUUAUCAAUCCUGUCAUUGAGCGGCGCUCCAAACUCCAGAGGCAGAGGAGAAUCUUCCCAAAAGAGAAAGGGAAGGACUUCCUGCGUGCGGCUCAGAUGAACAUGAACUUUGCUACGUGGGGCCGUUUGAUGAUGAGUAUCCUGCCCCCCUGCAGCUCCCUGGAGCCCAUGAGCCCUCCCUUAGCUGGCCAUCUCAAUGGCCCCCCAUCAGCAAACACUUCCCCGCCACGGUAAGACUCUGUGGGCCAGAAACAUCU